CCAGCGAAAUCACACACAUUUACGAACUGUUCGACAAAUCGGCCGAAAUAAAUAGAAAUAACUAGGAAUAUUCCUAAAAUAAACGGACUCGUCGCCACUAUCUCGAUAUUUGAAAGUGAAUCAGAGCAACGACGUUUGCCACUUGGCGGGAUUAACUAAUUGAACAGGAGAGCGGGAGAAACCAAGGACUUUGCGGCAUGCCACUGCCCACGAGCUCAUUUUCCCAGCAGGGACCAUCGUGUUUCGAUAAAAUGAAGACUGGCUUCAUCAUUGGAUUCUGUGUGGGAAUGGCCAGUGGAGCGGUCUUUGGAGGAUUCUCGGCACUCAGAUACGGACUACGUGGCCGGGAGCUGAUCAAUAAUGUGGGCAAGACCAUGGUACAGGGCGGCGGAACCUUCGGGACCUUCAUGGCCAUCGGCACCGGGAUUCGCUGUUGAUCCUGCUAGCAUUUUUGACUAGAGUUACUAAAAACCAACCUUAAGCCCUACUCCAAUCUUGUUUAAAUUACGCUAAGUUAUUGCAAUAGAGAUGUUAAAGAGAUACCAGAA